GAAAUUACGCGAGUACGAGUACGAGUACGCGACCAACGCAGCAGUGUCAGUCAGUCCUGCAGCCACGAAUUUGCAUAAUUGGGCAGGUUUUUGGUGCCUUCAUAUAUAUAUAUAUAUAUAAGUCCAAAAGUGUGAAUAUAUCUCGACAGUUUAAUAAAUUUGCCAUUUACUGCGUGACCUUGGAGAGAGUGGUUGGGUGGGGGAGAACAGUGAAACAUGUUUUUUUCUGUGAAUAGUGAUAAAAACCCCUAGAUACGAUGAUAGUGAUACAUAGAAACCAAAUAUUUCCCCCAAAAUAUUUCCAAUUUGGGGCUUGGCUUGGCUUGGUUGAUUAAGGAAUGGGGCGGAAGAAGGUGGAAAUAAAGCCAAUCAAAGACAAGAACAGCAGACAAGUGACGUUUUCAAAACGGAGGAAAGGACUCCUAAAGAAAGCCAAACAACUCUCCAUUCUUUGCGAUGUCGAUGUCGCUGUUGUCGUCUUCUCCAACCAUGGCAGACUCUACGAUUUCUCCAGCACUAACAGUCUAGUAGAGAUCGUUCGACGAUAUCACAACCAUGUGGAAGCAGAAAAAGAGAUCUCUGCAGAUGUUUCUGACACAGAGCACUCUAAAUAUGCAAGCUUCAUGACAGUGGGAGAACUGUUACAAACAGUAGAAAGGCGACUCGAGGAGCCUGAUGUUGAUGGUCUCAGUGUGACUGACCUUGUCCAUUUGGAAAACCAACUACAAUCUGCUCUGAUGCAAGCCAGAUCUCGGAAGACACAUUUGAUGGUUGAAUAUAUCAAGAGUCUUCAAGAGAAGGAAAAACUGCUGAGGGAAGAAAACAAACUUCUGGAGGACAGGAUAGCUAUGAUGAAGAAAAACAGAGAAGUGAAUGGGAUGGCUUCGGAUUUCACUAACCUAGCACCAGUCCGCAUGAUUUGUGGACAGCAGAGAGCGAUGCUGAAUUUCCUCUAGUUAUUGCUGUAUCUGUCAAGUAUUCUUGUAGAAGCUCAACGGGCACAAUUUGCCACGUCUAUCCGGUGCUUCUAACUUGGCACCUCUACUUUGUAAUUCACAUUUGUAUGAAGGAUCAUGCUGUACCUGAAACACCUCAAAUUAAAUUAAUAGUAAAAGAUAUUGGUGUAAUCUUUAUAAAGAAAUAGUAUUUAAUUUUUCGUCUGUAAGACCAACUAUGAUGAGCUCUUUUUUCCUUUUCAAAUGUGUAUGGAUUCAGUAAUGUCUUUUAA